AUGUUACUUAGAAACAUUCUAAGACCAUGUCUAGCAUUAAAAAAUACAACUGCUUUUACACAGCGACUUUCUUUGCAUCACAUAACACACGUGAGAAGAAUGAAAGAAGCUCAAACAGUGCCGGUUGAAAAUCGAAGCGACAGACUGAUGGCAGAUUUGGAUACUGUGUUUCCAUCAAAAAUUUUGUUUAGCUUGGAAAACAACGAAGACAUUGUUGAUGGAUCUCACAUUGUUAUGGCUCUUAAGAAAUUCAUGAAAUUGUACUUGAAUAAAAAGGCUUCUGCAAAAAUUACAGACCUCACAGAUCAAGAAUUUUUUAAACAGUUGUCCUCAGUCAUACAUUCAAAAGCAAGCAAUUUGACUGUAUCUGAAAUCCUACAGAUUUUAGAAAUUUUAAAAAGAAUGGAUAUACCAAACAAUUUGGAAAUUGUGGAAUUACUUGCUAAGCAUAUUGAAAAAAAAUUGCAUUACUUGUCUUUGACAGAGAUUAGUGCUCUGGCCUCAUUAUUAAAAAAUAUAUUAAAACCUAUCAAAGCAAACUCACUCAUGGAUAACCUGAAGCACAAAUUUAUCAUAAAAAUGUCAAUGGAAUUUGAUGAAAAUGACAUAAGCCAUCUUGCUCAUGGACUGUCUUUUACAGCUUUUAAUAUGAAAAACCACGACUUGGAACGCAUUGUCGUUGAAAAAUUGCAAAUGUACAAGGGUGAAAUACCUCUUAAAUAUGCUAUAUUAAUAUUAGAAGCACUGUGCGAACACUACUAUGCGCCCCGUACUCUUCAACAGGCAUGGUUCGAUGUGUAUCACAGAGUACUUGAUAUACUUACUGAAAACAGCAAAUUCCUUUCAGCUGAUGAAGUUAUUUAUGCAAUUUACAUUGUCUCCGAACGAAUAAAACAAGAUAAAAGAUACGUGAAAAACCUACGUUACAAUGAAAAGUUUUAUGAUAACUUGUUGAAAAAAGUCGUGGAGGAUGACGUGGGUUUUGAGAAAGCAUUAAGUGUGCUCAAGAGCUUAAACUCUAUUAGAUAUCAAAGUAAAGAACUGCUCAAUUACUGCAGUGCAUCGUAUUAUGAAAAAAUAGUUAUAUCAGAGCACAAUAUUUCGGAUGAGGCAGGAAAAUUGUUAGUUUUGAUACACGGAUUGGCCUUAUCAAAGUAUAAAACGAUCUUUUGGGAUCAAAUUGAAAACUUUGUCUGUCAAAAUCGACAAACAUUGCUAAGUUACGAUCACCAAACUCUUUGUAUUUUGGCACUAAAUUUGUGUAUUCUGGGUUCUUAUCCAUACUUCUUAUUGGAAAAAGUUUUUGAUGGCAAAUUCGAUUACUCCCAAGAUAAAUUCAUGCAUUGGACAUUCUGUAAAUUAGUUCAGGUAGUGCAGUUAGAUAAAGAGUACGUUGGGCCAAUGCCUACAAAAUCACAAAUGGAAUCCUUAAAAGCUUUUGUACAUAAAAAAAGUGCAAGAAAUGAGAAUUAUAAGUUCUUAUUGUUAGAUCCCUUAAAAGAAUGGCUUGGAGAUGAAAAGUACAUAAAGAUGAACGUUGCGACGAAACUUAAUCACUUAAUAGAUUAUUUUUUGGUUUUUGACGAGAAUGGAAAACCAGUUUCGAUAAAUACAAGUAAAAAAGAACCCAACGAUCUGGAGUAUAUAGAAGAUCUAAAUAUUCCCCCAGAAUACAAAACAAUUUGUUUAUUACACUUGCCUUAUUACUGGUACUGGAGAAAUACGAAAAAGUUAAUGGGUAUAUAUACAGUAGCAGUGGACACAUUAGAAGCUAUGAACUAUAAAGUGGUUACUGUAAAUAAAUUAGAUUGGAAUGGUCUGCAAGAAAAUCAGAAAAAAGAUUUUAUAGUUAAUAAAAUUCUAUCAAAGCUUGAUGAUAGUUAAUAUUACUCCAAAAAUUUGGUUUCUUUCGUGGAAUAAAUUUCUAUGACAAUUACUGCUUGAAUGAAAAAUUUUCAAACAGU